AUUGCAAAAGACAAAAGUAUAAUAAUUUAUAUUAAUAUCAUUAUUCAUUGUUUUGAUUUGUAAUAUUUAACUGUGUUUUAUUGGAUUCGACAUUCAAGCCCAUUAUAACGUACAGAUAUCAAAUUUUCUGGAUCCUCAAUAGUGUUAUUUCAGAAUCGCUACUAACCUCCAUACACAACAUACAAGCCCUUACACACACGUAGCAUUCGAAAAUUUCGAACAGAAUGUCAACUGUCGAGGUCAUGAAGGACGAUAUCACGGAUUGACAGGUCUGUACAAUAUUACAAUAGCAAUACAAUACCAUGAACAAAGGUCGCUUAAGACGAUAUCUGGAAUCUAGAUUGCAUUCCUAUCCAGAACUCAACAACAACUACUUACCAGCCUUAGCUACACUCGCCGAGAUAUUGAUACGCGCGCAACAUCAAAUCUUUGUGCUCUAACAUAAGUCGUAUUGUAAUAUUGUAUUCACGACCCUCCUGACCAUCCGUUCAUAUACAGUUUUGUUGUAAAAACGCACUAACAGCAUCAAAAAAUGUUUCGAAAACGGGACAAAAACGAUCAAGCUAACUACUUACGCCGUUUAAAGAAAUUGAAACAAAAGUUGAAACCGUACAGAGAUAAACACACCAUAGAAUGUAUAAGGGUGAUCACUGGGUCAUUCAAACUUAGAGAACAUUUUGACAGCCUGAAAAUGUUAACAGAGAUCACACCUAUCAGGAUGUUAAAAAAUACCUUCAAAAUGGUGAAAAAUAUUGUCAUUAACUCACCUAAAAUGGCAAUCAACAAAGUAAAUCAUGGUAACAUCGAGUUGUCAGCAUUCAAUUUUAAUACAAUGAGUAAUAAUAACAUCAGCUCGUCUUUAAAUGAUAUCAACAAAGUGAAUCAUAGUAACGUUGAGUUGUCAGCAUUCAAUUUUAAUACAACGAGGUACAGUAACAUCAACUCACCAGCUAUGGCAGUCAACAAAGAUAGUUAUGUUAACAUUAACUCAUCAGAAAAUGAUGUCAACAAAGUGAACCAUAGUACAGUAACAUCAACUCACCAGCUAUGGCAGGUCAACAAAGAUAGUUAUGUUAACAUUAACUCAUCAGAAAAUGAUGUCAACAAAGUGAACCAUAGUAACGUUGAGUUGUCAGCAUUCAAUUUUAAUACAAUGAAGUACAGUAACAUCAACUCACCAGCUAUGGCAGUCAACAAAGAUAGUUAUGUUAACAUUAACUCAUCAGAAAAUUAUGUCAACAAAGUAAAUCAUGGUAACAUCGAAGUUGUCAGCAUUCAAUUUAAUACAAUGAAUAAUAAUAACAUCAGCUCGUCUUUAAAUGAUAUCAACAAGUGA